CACGGAAGAAGCUUUUCCAGCAGUCCUGGGUUGCCGACGAGUUUUGGCAGCAAUAUACUAAACGAUUUUAAGAUUCAAAGUAACUUUGUGAGGUGUCAACCAAUCAAGAAAUCAGAAUUGAAUAUCUCAAGUCUUUUUGUGGUUGCUGAAGGGAUUGGAUGUAAGCACCCGGGCUCCAACAUGGAGACGCUAGAGAAAAUUCAACCAAACAGGCAAGUGAUGGCCUUUAUUAUGAUGGUGUUCUUGUCUCAGGCUAAUCCCGAGCCUAUUUGUUAUUCUGUGCUGGAAGAAACAGAGAGCGGCUCCUUUGUAGCCCAUCUGACCAAGGACCUGGGUCUGGGAAUUGGGGAAUUGGCCGCCCGGUCGGCCCGGGUGGUGUCUGACGAUGACAAGCAGCGCUUGCAGCUGGAUCGCCAGACUGGAGAUUUGGUUUUGAGAGAGAAACUAGACCGGGAAGAGCUAUGUGGCUCCACGGAACCAUGUGUACUGCAUUUCCAAGUAUUCCUGGAAACGCCGGUGCAGUUUUUUGAAGGAGAAUUAUCAAUCCAGGACAUAAAUGACCACUCCCCAGUAUUCCUGACAAGGGAAAUGCUCUUGAAAAUCCCGGAAAAUAGUCAGCCAGGGACUAUUUUUCCUUUGAAAUCAGCUCAGGAUUUGGAUGUGGGCAGCAAUGGUCUUCAACAAUACACUAUCAGCCCCAGUUCUCAUUUUCACGUUCUUACUCGAAAUCAUAGUCAGGGUAAGAAGUACCCAGAUUUGGUGCAGGACAAAGCGCUGGAUAGAGAGGAACAGCCUGAGUUCAGCUUAACCCUCGUGGCGCUGGAUGGUGGGGCUCCGCCCAGGUCUGGCACCAUCACCGUGCGAAUCCUGAUCAUGGACGUCAAUGACAAUGUUCCUGAGUUUGUGCACACCCCAUAUGAGGUGCAGAUCCUGGAAAACAGCCCCCUAGACUCCCCAAUACUGAGUGUCUUCGCUAGGGAUGCAGAUGCUGGAAACUUUGGGAGUGUUUCCUAUAGCUUGUUCCAAGCAUCAGAUGAAAUUAAACAAACUUUCUCAAUAAAUGAAGUCACAGGAGAAAUCCGACUGACAAAGGAAUUGGAUUUUGAACAAAUUAAAUCUUACCACGUGGAAAUUGAGGCUACAGAUGGAGGAGGCCUUUCUGGAAAAGGCACUGUAUUCAUAGAGGUGGUGGAUGUGAACGACAAUGCUCCCGAACUGACCAUAUCUUCACUCACCAGCUCCAUCCCAGAAAACGCUCCUGAGACAGUUGUCUCUGUUUUCCGUAUUCGAGAUAGAGACUCUGGAGACAAUGGAAAGACAAUGUGCUCUAUUCCAGAUAAUCUGCCAUUUAUUCUAAAACCGACUUUCAAGAAUUUCUACACCCUUGUAACAGAAGGACCACUGGACAGAGAGAGCAGGGCCGAGUACAACAUCACCAUCACCGUCACCGACUUGGGGACCCCCAGGCUGAAAACCCAGCACAACAUAACCGUGCUGGUCUCCGACGUCAACGACAACGCCCCGGCCUUCACCCAAACCUCCUACACCCUGUUCGUCCGCGAGAACAACAGCCCCGCGCUGCACAUAGGCAGCGUCAGCGCCACAGACAGAGACGCGGGCGCCAACGCCCAGGUCACCUACUCGCUGCUGCCGCCACAGGACCCGCACCUGCCCCUGGCCUCCCUGGUGUCCAUCAACGCCGACAACGGGCAGCUGUUCGCCCUGAGGGCGCUGGAUUACGAGGCCCUGCAGGCCUUGGAGUUCCGCGUGGGCGCCACGGACCGCGGCUCCCCUGCGCUGAGCAGCCAGGCGCUGGUGCGCGUGCUGGUGCUGGACGCCAACGACAACUCGCCCUUCGUGCUGUACCCGCUGCAGAACGGCUCUGCGCCCUGCACCGAGCUGGUGCCCAGGGCGGCCGAGCCGGGCUACCUGGUGAGCAAGGUGGUGGCGGUGGACGGAGACUCGGGCCAGAACGCCUGGCUGUCGUACCAGCUGCUCAAGGCCACGGAGCCCGGGCUGUUCGGCGUGUGGGCGCACAACGGCGAGGUGCGCACGGCGCGGCUGCUGAGCGAGCGCGACGCGGCCAAGCACAGGCUGGUGGUGCUGGUCAAGGACAACGGCGAGCCGCCGCUGUCGGCCAGCGUCACGCUGCACGUGCUGCUGGUGGACGGCUUCUCGCAGCCCUACCUGCCGCUCCCGGAAGCGGCGGCCGACCCGGCCCAGGCCGACCCGCUCACGGUCUACCUGGUCAUCGCGUUGGCGUCGGUGUCGUCGCUCUUCCUGUUCUCGGUGCUGGCGUUCGUCGCGGCGCGGCUGUGCAGGAGGGGCAGGGCCGCCUCGUUGGGUGGCUGCUCGGUGCCCGAGGGCCACUUUCCGGGCCACCUGGUGGAUGUCAGCGGUACUGGGACCCUUUCCCAGAGCUACCAAUAUGAGGUGUGUCUGACCGGAGACCCUGGGACUGGUGAGUUCAAAUUCCUGAAGCCAAUAUUCCCCAACCUCUUGGUUCAGGACAUAGAAGAAAUUAAAGAAAAUCCCAAAUGCAGGAAUAACUUUGUAUUAAGUAUUGUGCUUGUUUAAGUGACUGUCUUAUUGAUUUUGGCAAAACUAACUCCUGUUACAAUGCCUUUUAAGAAAUAGUUUUAUCCAAAUAUGUAUCUCUAUUCUAAACCAAUGCAUAUCCCUGAUCAUGCUAAAUUUCUUCCUUCUAUUAAUAUUGAUUGGACUUGGCCUUUUAAAUUACACUGGAUAUUGAGUAUGUAUUUUCUCCAUAUUUGACCCUCUAUUAGUGAUUAAUCUUCCCAUAACUAUAAAUUACUCAAUUAGUGUAAGAAAUUUUACUUAAAUCAAUUUCUUAAUGUCUUUUUAAUGAAACAUUUUAAAGCUUUUAUGUAAUUUUGCAUUUUUAUAUAUUUGUGGUUCUUGUCUUUAUCAUAUAUAGCUUUAUCUUUGUAAGACCAGAGUGCUUGAAAUUCUUUAUAGCUACCUAGGCCUUUCUUUUUGACUAUUCUACCAGGCUAUGACCCAUGAAUAGCCAUGAGCAUAUAACUUAGCAUACUCUUUCUUCUAAAUUGUACAUAAACAUGCACCUCAUUAAAAUACUAAUGCACUAAAACUGUGACUUCCUAUUGUGAUCACCAUAUAUGCUACAGGUUUUCUUAUUUAUUUGAUUGCUACGUACCUAGCACAUUGUAAGUGCUCCAUUAAUACUCAUUAAUGUUAAAAGUAAAAUAAUUAUUCUCAUUUGUAAGUAAUAAUUAAAGAGAAAAUCUUAUAUAAUUUGGCAUCACUGUCACUAAAUACAGCUAAGUCACUACUUGGUAAAAUCCUUUAAACAGUAAUCUCAGAACCUUAAAUAAAUCCUAAAUCCUUUCAGAGCAUUCAAGAUGUAGAGAGCAUCAUACACUUCCUUGUCCUUCCUUUUGCCCUGUAAAAAAAAGUUCAAGCAUAGUUUAAUGUAUGUAUUCCUUGGUUUUCCUGCAGCUUUUCCCUAUUGUUCAAGAGUCAGAUAAUUUCUUCUGAGUUUCAGUUAUUCUGUUCAAGACUGAUUAUCAUGUGAUAUCAGAUUUUCACUUUAAGUUACAUUGCAGACAUGGACAGUAU